GCUUGAUGCAGAUGGUUUACUUCUGGCUUCGUGGCUCAUUGAAUUGAUUAGCUGAGGUUUAUUUGUCGAUACCGUUAACCUGCACGGGGGGGAAUCAUGUCGUAUUUAAUAGCCACGCUUGUGGCACUGGUGCUGUUUGGUCCCGGGGUUUCGGGGAAAACUGUAACGGGACUUUUCGGGAGCGAGGCGGCGAGACAGGAGAAGGGCCAGUUCAUCACUAAAUUCAUGUACCAAGGUGGCAGCGGCUUGUGCGUGUGCCGCCUGGACAACUCUGCCCUGGCUGCCGAGAAGGAGUCCAGGCUGCUCCUGUACCAGGACAUGAUGGACUCGGACCUGGACGACCUCAGCUGCCACGAGAGGCUCUCUAAAGCCCACUUCACCGUCCGUCUUAAUCAAGAGGAGCACAACCAGACGAUCCCUCGCCAGGCGUUCCCCACGGCCUGGCAGGUCCUGUAUGCCGACAGGCAUACGUGUGAGGAAGGCGCAGUGAUUCCCUCUCACUCCGAUCUCAGAUUCACAGUCCUGCUGUUUAACGCGGACUCGGCCGGGAACCCUCUGGACCACUUCAGCGCAGAGGAGGCAGGUCUCCACGGCUUCUACUUCCUCCUGCUGCUGGCCUACUUCAUAGCCUGCUGCAUCUACAUCCAGCCCCUGUACCAGGCUCUGAAGAAAGGGGGACCCAUGCACACGGUCCUCAAGGUGCUGACGACGGCGCUGGCGCUACAGGGCUGCUCCGCCCUCUGCAACUACAUCCACCUGGCCAGGUACUCCAGAGACGGUACUGGUAUUCCACUGAUGGGCAGCCUAGCAGAGUUCUGGGACAUGGUGUCCCAGGUGUCCAUGCUGUACAUGUUACUGAGUCUUUGUAUGGGCUGGACUCUGAGUCGAGGGAGGAAACCGCAGUCCAGGCCUCUGCAGUGGGAGCAGUCUCCGGCGUCCACGGCUGUCGCCGUUGGUGGCGUCGUGACGCAGGCGGUUCUGCUGCUGUGGGAGCAGUAUUCCGACUCGGAGAGCGAGCACCACAGCUACCACGUCCAGCAGAGCGUGGCGGGUCUCCUCCUCAUAGCCCUGAGAGUGGGCCUGGCCCUCCUGCUGGCCUCCAUCCUCUACCAGAUCAUCUCCACGGAGAGGAGCACCCUGAAGAGAGACUUCUACCUCUGCUUUGCCAAGGGAUGCUUCCUGUGGUUCCUCUGUCAUCCCGUCCUCGUCCUCAUGUCUGUAGUCUUCAACGAGCACCAGAAGGAGAAGGUGGUGACCAUCGGCGUGAUCCUCUGCCAGUCCAUCUCCAUGGUGGUCCUCUACCAGCUCUUCCUGUCUCGCUCCCUUUACUGGGAGGUGUCCUCGCUCUCCUCCGUGUCCCUGCCGCUCACCAUGUCCAGAACGAACCACAGGGGCCGCUACUGAGCACGUUCCGCCGUUUGCCCGAGCACCGCGAGCGAGGGAGGACAACGCUGCUACGCCGAGGCUUCUCCUCUCCCAACCUCCCUCCGCGUCAGGUGAGAGAGGCCGAGAGGAACGGUUCUCCUUUGCUGCGAACUGUUUCCUUGAAGAACAGUGAUGGCCACUAAUGAGGAAGCAUAGCAAGAGAAUUAAAGCAACACCCUACCUCUAUUUAUUAUAUUUGACUGGGACCAAGAUUGCUGAGCAGGGGUAAAGUAACUGACAGCCAAAGUACAAUCUGAAGAUAAGGAAGACACGGAAGAAAGAAGACGGCAUCCAGAGAGGUAGGAAUGAAAAGGGAAGCAAAGAUUUACUCGUCUCAGAGAGUAGAAAUGGUUCAAGGAGCCCAGUUCGGACGAACAAAUUACCAAACAGACAGUUUGAGAGAUAAGAAAGGAAGUUUCUUUAAGGAUAUAGAGCAUAUCUCUACGCUAUCUUCAUGGUAAUUGUUGGCUGGAAGAUGAUAGAUGUUGGAGUAUGUGUUAAGCUUGAGAUGUUAGUGGUUAAACAGAUGGACAGACAGUCGGACGGACUCAAGAUGGGUGUAUAAAGAAUGGAGCAAUUCGAGUUAGAUGGAUUUCAGCAUGGGCUCGGUGGAAAAAAUGAGCCAAACCUCCACCACAUACAAGCUGUACCACGAAUCAGAGCAUGUGAAACCCGAACCUUCGAAAUCCUGCAAGCUGUGCGUAGCUGGAGACACAUCGCAUGACUUAUUCUUCAAUGUAAAGGCACAUCCAGAGGAACCAAAGUCCCAAAAAGCCGUUCAAUGGCUUUAAAUGAAUCACUGUAAAUACAUCCCUACUUAUUUUGUCAAAUUAUGACUGUAAGUGAGACUCAUUAAGACACAACAAUGAAGUCGCCACUUAACAAACUGACAGGUUAUAUAUUUAUUCAUCAACUAUUUAUCAAUUAGGGAUUAUUUGAACAGCAGAUCUUGUUUUACUGAUGUUUACUGUUUGAUUUCAGUGAAUCACAAUAGCUAUUAUUCACUUGCUUAGUAGCAUUUGUUGUCUGCUAAAUACUGAAAAAUGAAAUGUUUACAGAAUAAUGCACGUUCAGUUAUAUGUCAGCCCAUACAGAUCCAGGUCUUUCGUAAGGUUAGCUAAAGAAACGCUUGCCGUUUUUUUUCAGGAGCUUACAAAAAAACCUCUGCCAUAUUAUAUAAUAUUUGAGGCCACAGCAAUGCAUAACUUUUGUUUACAGCUACCGAAACUCCAUUAUACAGAGUUUAAGUGAAUAUAACUCGAGUUAAAUGUCAUGAGUUGUGCGCAAAACCACUCUUCAAACAUUGGUCAAUAGCACCACCAGUGGCCAGGAUUGCAACUGCAUGCUUUGUUUUUUCUUUCUUUUUUUAGUCUUUGAAAGACAUCUAUUUAUUGGACACAACAAAGUCAUAAAGUGUACAUUUAAAAGGACACACAGACUUAUGGGACAUCCUUCUUGCUGAGCCGUUGGCCUUGAAUAAAUUAAUAUAAUAAAAUGAACUACAACAUACUUGAAUAAUGAGCCUUUGUGGGUGGUUCAGCAAGUUCAGCCUGAUAUGUUCUUUUAGAUCAUGUUGUACAUUGGGUUGCACUAAAAAAGUGCAUGCGUUUAUGUGCACAAUGUACUGUAUGGUGUGCAAUUGAAUGCAUACUUUGUCUAACAAUGGUAAUCUCAUAACGUCAAAGCCUCUUGACUGUACGCCGUGUUCGAAAGCUGAUCCUUAAUUUGUUGCAUUUAUUUACAGUCGAAGUUUAUGUUUUUUGCAGUGUUCACUUUUCUUUGGUUUUCAUAUAUUAAAUAUGCAUAUUUUUAUGACCUGUGGAAAUGUUAGACCUGUGAUCAUGCCAACUGUAAUAAGGUGAUAAGGUAAUAAAAUCAGUUUAAAAUUA